AUAAACUGCAAUCUGGAGAAUUGUUUCAGAGACUAUAUCUGGAGAAUUGCUUUGUGUGAGACAUGGGCCAGAGUGCUGUGCUUCCUCCAAGGAGGAAGGAUACAUAUGUUCUGGAACUUCAUGUAUGGUACAGAAAAUUCAUCAAAGAGUGUCCUAGUGGGUUGAUCACCCUUCAUGAGUUCAGGCGACACUUUUGUGAUGGGACUGUGGGUCCCAAGUCUUCCGAAUACGCUGAGCAGAUCUUCAGGACUCUGGAUGAUAACAGGGAUGGGACCGUCGAUUACCAUGAAUAUGUGACUGGUGUCAGUCUUCUGAUACAGGGCACUCCGGAAGAAAAGCUGAAGUGGUCGUUUAAACUUUAUGACAAGGAUAAGGACGGAGCAAUUACUCGUUUAGAGAUGCUGGAAAUUAUGCAGACGAUAUAUAAAAUGGGCUUGGCUGCAUCACUGACUAAAGUUGACCCCCAAACUGCUGAAGAAUGCACCAACAGAAUUUUCGUUCAGCUGGACAAAGACAGAGAUGCUGUUAUCAGCCAGCAGGAAUUUAUCGAAGGAGCUCUGGGGGAUCAGUGGAUCCGUGCAAUGCUGGAAUGUGAUCCCAAUACGGUCGACGUUCCAAGGUGUCCUUAGCUGUCUCAUUCUGCUAAUGAGCAUUUCAUAUUGAGAAUUCAACAAGGUUGAUCUGAAAUAAAGGGCUCAAUGGAUUCGCCCUACAGCCAGACCCAAUCACUUGGGGGGAACUGCUGCGAAGAACGCAAAAUUAAAAGGGGGUUUGCAGACCCCAACCUCAGCUGCACUUCUUGCGUUCCCACACCUCUGCCCUCACAUCCCCUUCCCCCAGCAAAAACAAAGACAGAAAUCUCCCUUGUCCGUGCGUAUCACCCACUAUCCUCCAUAUCCAACGUAUCACUCCCGCCACCUACAAACCAACCCCACAACCAGAGAUAUUUCCCUCCCCACCCUUAUCUGCCUUUUGUAGGGACUGCUCUCUCUAUGUCUCCCUCGUCUGCUCCACACUCCUCACUAAUUACACCACCUCCGACACUUUUCCCUGCAACCGCAGGAAGUGCUACACCUGCCCCUAUACCUCCUCCAUCACUCAGAAUCCCUACAGUGUGGAAACAGGCCCUUCGGUGGAACAAGUCCACACUGACCCUUGCAGCAUCCCACCCAGACCCAUCCCCCUAUAACCCACACGUCCCUGAACACUAUGGGCAAUUUAGCAUGGCCAAUCCACCUAGCCUGCACAUCUUUGGACUGUGGGAGGAAACCGGAGCACCCGGAGGAAACCCACGCAGACACAGGGAGAAUGUGCAAACUCCACACGGAUAGUCGCCCAAAGCUGGAAUUGAACCUGGGUCCCUGGCGCUGUGAGGCUGCAGUGCUAACCACUGAGCCACCGUGCCUCCAUUCAAGGCACAAAACAAACCUUCCACAUUAAACAGAGAUUCACCUGCACAUCCGUCAAUGUGGUCUACUGCAUCCGCUGCUCCCGAUGUGGCCUCCUCCACAUCGGUGAGACCAAGAGGAGGCUCGGAGACCAUUUUGUAGAGCAUCUGCACUCUGUUUGCAACAAAAAACACCACCUUCUGGUUGCGAGCCAUUUUAACUCCCCCUCCCACUCCCUGGGUGACAUGUCCAUCCUGGGCCUCCUCCAGUGUCACAAUGGUGCCACAUCAUCCCCACCUCCUUAACCUCACACAACCUGUCCAUCUUCUCUCCCACUUAUCUGCCCCUCCCACCUCACUGACCAACGCCAACCACUGCCUACCUGCGCCCAUCUAUCACCAUCCCACCUAUCUUCCCCAGCCCCACCCCUCCUCUCUAUUUAUUUCUGAGAUCCCUUUCCCCUCCCCAUUUCUGAAGAAGGGUCCUGACCCGAAACGUCAGCUUUCCUGCUCCUCUGAUGCUACCUGGCCUGCUGUGUUCCUCCAGCUCCACACUGUGUUAUCUCUACAAAAUUACAGGGAAGUACUGUAACUGGAAAUAAAAGGAACAUCCUGAAAUUAUCAUGUAAGGACGGAAUUUGCAGUCAGCAAUUUUACCACAGUUUGUCAUGUUUGUCACAUUUGUCCCAUACACCUGUGUUAAAUAAAUGCAAGAAGGAACUUUCCAAUAGGGAGAGAUGAUUACCUAAUGAUAAUAUCAUUUGUAAUCCUGAGGGUUCAGGCUAAUGCUCCUGCAACUAGGUUAAAAUCUCCCACAGCUGUUUGUGAAUUCUGAAUUCAACUAAUAAAUCUGAAGAUUGACACCACA